AUGAACAACAUCAAACCAUUUCUCUUGGCUAUUUACAUUUCUUUAGUCUUAACAUGUCAAGAUCGUGUCUUAGCUGACUGUACUACAACGAGAGAUGUCAUAGUCCCAAAGAUUUCUGAGUGGCAAGUCCAGGUGAUCAACAGUUUGACCACUGGUGAAACUCUUUUCAUCCAUUGUAAAUCUAAUGACAACGAUUUAGGAGAACAUAAUCUGAAUUUUAGUGAAAGAUUUUCUUGGAAUUUUGGAGAAAAUAUGCUUCACUCAACUUUGUUUUGGUGUUAUAUGAGUAAAGAUGACGGUCAUAUGAAUGUAAAAGUGUUUUGGGAUGAUGUAAUUUUGUUCCAUAGAUGCGAUUGGAAAAACUGUGUUUGGACCGCUAAAACAGAUGGUGUUUAUCUUUGGAAUUCUGCGAUCGGCGAAGAUAUGUUGUCAGAGAAAUGGGAAGUAGGAUAUUGA